ACACAGACUCUAUGACGCGCCACCAACAUAACCAUACAUUGGGUAAAACAUUAUCAGGAACCAAAAAGACUGAUUGGUAGCUAAAUGUUUCGUCUUUGACCCAUAUAUUGGAGGGACCAAUCCGAAUGGUUCUAGCUGGUUCGCCGCGGCUCGCGCUUGCCUCGUUAACAUUUCGGGCACAACCCACUAGCGCCAUUGGUGACAAUUUCCUCCACUCGAUUCCAGUCUUUUGGCCACCUCCAAUAUCAACGAUCAAAGUUUCCCCCCCCCACUACAAACGUCUCAAUCGACUUCUCUCGCGUCUUCCUUUUCCAAAAUACAUUAUCAUCUCUAAUAAAGCCUCAAAGCUACCUUGUGUCUUGUCUUUCUACACUCUCUCCUGUCGGAUUCUAGGCUUCCUGUGGUUUUCGUUUCUUCAAGCGAAACAAAGUUUGACGAAUUUUGAACGAGUCGAAAAAGAGAGCACACGACUAAACGCUCAAAUACAUAUUUUCACCCAUCUACACGGCGUAUAUAUACCUCGCGUCGCCCGAUUUACGUCCUACGACUUCUCUCGAAUUCAUACUCAGUAAUCCGUGAGGUCGACAGUCCAGUCAACCUCACCCUUUUCAGUCAACACAAUGGCCACAACCAAUGGAGUUUCGAACCAGCAGGAGCCUUACAAGAGCGCCACUGAGCAGUAUACCAACACUGCCAGUGCUGCUGAGACAGCGAGCGGAAACGCCAAUGGCAGCGCUGAGCUGUCCAAGGACGAGAUAGGAUGGUACUUCGUUGAGCAGUACUACACUACUCUCAGCAAGUCGCCAGAGAAGCUUCACCUCUUCUACGGCAAGCGCUCCCAGUUCGUCUCUGGCCUCGAGGCUGAGGUUGCCCCAGUCUCUGUCGGCCGCCCAGCCAUCCAAGAGCGUAUCAAGUCUCUUGAGUUCCAGGACUGCAAGGUCCGCGUCUCGAACGUCGACUCCCAGGGCUCUGACGAGACCAUCGUCAUCCAGGUCAUUGGCGAGACCUCCAACAAGUCUGCUGAGCUGAAGAAGUUCGUCCAGACUUUCGUCCUUGCCCAACAGCCAACCGGAUACUUCGUUCUUAACGACAUCUUCCGCUACAUCAACGAGGAGGCCGAGGAGGAGGUUGUUGAGGCUGCUGUCAGCGAGGAGGCUGCUGCCCCAGCUACUGAGGACAUCGCUGAUGUCGAGAUGCCCAAGGCCCAGGCCAGCGUCGAGGAGACCAAGUCCGAGGUUAUCGCCGAUGUUGUUGACAAGAAGCUCGACCUUGAUGCCGAGCCUGCUGUCCUCAAGGAGACCCAGACCAACGGCGCUGCCCCGGCUGCUGCUGUUGAGGCCGUCGAGGAGACCGCCGCUGCCCCAGCUGCCGUCUCUCCUGAGGUCGCCGAGAAGGAGCUUGAGGAGGAGGCUGCCAACGUUGCUGAGACCCCCAAGGACCCUGUCCCAACCCCAGCUGUCACCAAGCCUGCUGCUCCUAAGGCUGCCCCAGUCCCAGCCGCCCCAGCCAAGCCAAUGAGCUGGGCUAACCGUGCCGCGGCUGCUGCUGCCGCCGCCCGCCCCGCCGUCCCAGCUGUCCCAGCUGUCCCAGCCCCCAAGACUGCCUCUCCAGCCCCCGCCCAGCAGCGCGCACCCGCACCUGCCGCUGCUCAAGCUGCCGUUGCCGUCGCAGUCCCCGCCCAGGCCGCAGCCCCCGCCUCCCCAACCGCCAACAAGGAGAACGAGGCUCCUCAGUCUCAGGGCUGGCAGACUGCCGGCGCUGACACCAAGCGCCAGCGCCCACAGUCCAUCUCCGCCCCUCUCGAGAAGGAGGGCACGAUGGGCUACGUCCGCAACGUGACCGAGGCCGUCCAGGCCGAUGCUCUCCGUGCCGCUCUCGCCGCCCACGGUGAGCUCGUCUACUUUGACAUCAACCGCCAGAAGAACUGUGCGUUUGUUGAGUUCGCCUCCCCAGCCGGCUACCAGGCUGCAUUCGCUGCCAACCCCCACCACAUCGGCGGCGAGGCCAUCCUGGUCGAGCCCCGCCGCCCAAAGUCCUCUGCUUACGGAGGCGCCGCCUAUAACACCCGCGGAGGCAUGAACAACCGCGGCCGUGGUGGCUUUGAGCGCGGCCCAGGUGGACAGAGAGGACGUGGCAACUUCGGUGGCGCCGCACGUGGUGGUGCCCCCCGUGGACGCGGACAGAGCACCCCUACCACCACCGCUUGAGAGGCUACUAUUUAGCGUCUGACGCGCCACCUAACAUCCGACCGGCGCCCACGACGUCCCCUCUCCCCACCGUCGUCUAGGUUUUCCAAGAUCGACUUGUACUCUUAUCUCCGUAUCAUCACCGUCAGUCACCAUACCACUAGCAGAUCUCAACCGUCUCCUAUGCAUCCAUCCCUAUUCUCAAGUCUCCGCCCGGCGCAAAGCGAAAAAGUUCCAUUUUUUUACUUUAGCGAUGCAUCCACGACACACAGCAAGAAAAGGGGGCGUUUUAGAGCAUCGUUUCUGUUCCUGCUUUGGGGGAUCCUCCUGGUUUUUUGUACGCUUGUUAAGCCGGUGACGAUGGGAUUGCCUUUGGCCCCUCUCUUCGAGGGACCUUCCCAUAAUUUUAUUGUUUUCUGUUUGACAGCCGUUGCUGCAUAGCUUGCUUACCAUGGAGUUCGGCUCCCUACGAUAUCAUCGAAGGGCGACGACUCUCCUUCUCGCUCUGCUAUCUCGCAGUGACUCUUCGUUGUCUUUUCUCUCUUGGUCAUCGUGCGCGGUUGGUCGCGCGUGGUUUAAUAUGCAUAGCACGUUUUUUAUGUUUUGGGCGGGUGCGGGAAGGUUGCAUGGGUGGGGGUGUGAUGGGGUUGGUUUCUGGUUGUGUGAAUGGGACGGCUGGGGAAAAUGAAGACGCUGGUGAUGUCUUGAUGUAGUGAUGUAGGAGGGAAUGGGGUGUAGAUGGGGG